AGUCCAACCAUUCCUAUCUGCCAUUAAACCAAACUCCUGAAACCCGCACCGUUAAGAUUAUGGCCGCGGUGUGGCGGCCCCGCCCCGCCCGUGCAGCAGCCCCCAGCCUGGGAGGGGCCGCCCACCCCCAGCGGCCGCGGCCGGGGUGGUGCUCAGGAACCGGAAGCUCUGCAGCCCCGGCCGGAAGCGCCCGGCGCGCUGCAGCGGCCAUGGCUGACGAGGAGGAGGACGGGCCCUUCGAAGAAGACGCAGAAGAAGCAGGUGGGGGCCUGGAUGGUGGGCAGGGGAAGAGGAAGAGGCUGUUCUCCAAAGAACUAAGAUGCAUGAUGUACGGAUUCGGGGAUGAUCAGAACCCUUACACAGAAUCAGUGGAUAUUCUUGAGGACCUGGUAAUAGAGUUUAUCACAGAAAUGACACACAAGGCCAUGUCAAUUGGGCGGCAGGGUCGUGUGCAAGUUGAGGACAUUGUCUUUCUAAUCCGGAAGGACCCCAGGAAGUUUGCAAGAGUUAAAGAUCUCCUAACUAUGAAUGAAGAACUGAAACGAGCCAGAAAGGCCUUUGAUGAGGCAAACUAUGGAUCUUGAUUCUGUGCGCAGGCUGCACAGGGGCAUUACUUGGGCAUCUGCUGCCCAAAAGGAAGUAAGGUCAUGCCUGUUGUUUGGAGGAGUUAUUCAAGAUGGAAGUUGCUGCUGGGAUGUCCGCUCUCGCUCCCAGCCUGUCCUGAAAAGUAUUCAGGCAGCUGAAUGUUAUCUGAUUGUAUGCAGCAUACUUACGUACUUUUAAACAAGUUUAUGAAAUGAGAAAAGAGCUCUAAAGACUUUUGUAAUGGCAGGAAGUCUGUUUGAAGUAGGGCUGUGUUGUGUCAGAUAUCUAGAAGACUAAUGAUGGGUGAUCCUCUACAACUAUUUCUGUUAUUGCUGGGUAUUCCUGUGACAGGAAACCUAGAAAAUGGAUCUUGGUUAAACUGGACAAAGUCUUCAAGGCCAGACUACUACACAAGUUCUGCUCUUUGCUCUGUAUACGCUCUUUGAAUAAAACAUUUU